CAUAUGAGAGGCACUGUUUUUUUUCGAGGGAUUCGGCUAAGAGCCCAAUAAAUGUAAAUUAAUCCGUGUCCCCACAAGGAUAGAAGCGUCUGCAUGAGUGUGUGCGCAUGCAUGAGAAAGACAGAGAGUGAGAUAGGCGUCAGUGUUGUAGAGCUGAGCUCUGACUGGGAAGAGCGAAGGUUGUCCUACUCAUUUCCCAGUUCUCCCUGCUUCCCAAACCCGUCCUCCUUGCAGCCACUCGGACAGAUUCGCAUCAGGAGCGCGUCGUGGCGGCUGUGUGAGGACAGAAGACCUGGCUCUUCCGCGGUGAUAAACAAAAGGAUACUCCUACAUGUCAUUGCAUGGAAAUCCGAUGGCAAAACGGUGAUUUAUAAGAAUAUGAGGUGGUGAUACAGAAGAAACCCUUAGAGCAACUCAAACACAGACACACUUCUGAUGCUUGUGGCCAGACUGUGCUCAUGUUGUUGGUUUGCUGGGAUAAACCAGUGGCCUGGCCAAAGAGCAAAGUGUUUCUACACACGGUAAAGCCCACACAGGAUGUCGUGGGCCAGGAGCCUCUUUGUAGGCAGAGAGGAUGAGCAAAAGACAGCAUGGGGAGAACGCAAUGGCAAAAAGAGGAAGGACAGCUCGUCACUAUGCAACCCACAUUACAUGAGCUGCCUGAGGGGCCAAGAGGAUUCUGAGAUCCCUAAUGUGGUCCCCCAGCAUUACUACUGUAAAGCAGAUGCCAGUGGGGGCAACUUUGGCCUGCGCCGUGGUUGGCAAGAGGACCAUUAUCUGAAAAACACAGUAGUUGCUGGGGAUCUGGGUCUAAAAUCUGGAGACCUGGGAUUGGAGGAUGGUGAACUGAAGGACAAGCUAAAAGAUGCAUCAGGAGAAUUAGCAGAGGGCAACUGCAAGAGAAUGACUGUUGCAGACUGCUGGGUGUGGCUUUUGUGGGUUUUCCAAUCCAAAAAAUUUCAAUCCGCAAAGUUGGAACGUUUGUACCAGCGCUAUUUCUUCAGACUCAACCAGAGCUCUCUGACGAUGCUGAUGGGGAUGCUGAUGGUGGUGUGUGGAGUCAUGCUCGCCUUCCAUUGUGCCCUCACAACCCGUAAUGUGCCAUACAUCUCGGUACUCUCGGUGGCCAUGGCAAUCUUUAUGACCAUGAUGUUUGUGUGCAACAGGACCAGCUUCCACCAGGACUACAUGUGGAUUGUGAGCUACCUGGUGAUUGGGGUUCUGGUCGUAUUGCAGGUUUUUGGGGUACUGAUGGUCUUCCCCCGCAGUGCCUCAGAGGGUGUAUGGUGGACAGUCUUUUUCAUCUAUAUUAUCUACACUCUGCUGCCAGUCAGAAUGAGAUCCGCUGUGCUUAGUGGAGCUGUACUAUCCUCCAUUCACAUUGCCACCGCCUGGCAGCUCAACCAAGAGGACAAGUUCCUUUUCAAACAGAUCAGCGCCAACGUGUUGAUCUUUCUGUGCACUAACAUAAUCGGGAUCUGCACCCACUACCCUGCUGAGGUGUCCCAGAGGCAGGCCUUCCAGGAGACGAGAGGAUUCAUCCAGUCCAGACUGCACCUGCAGAGGGAAAACCAGCAGCAGGAGCGCUUACUCCUAUCAGUCCUGCCAAGGCACGUUGCCAUGGAGAUGAAGGAUGAUAUCAAAGCCAAGAAGGAAGAUAUGAUGUUUCACAAGAUCUACAUCCAAAAACACGAUAAUGUGAGCAUACUGUUUGCUGACAUCGAGGGCUUCACCGGCCUGGCGUCUCAGUGCACGGCUCAGGAGUUGGUCAUGACGCUGAACGAGCUGUUCGCCCGCUUUGACAAGCUGGCCUCGGAAAACCACUGCCUGCGUAUCAAAAUCCUCGGGGACUGUUACUACUGUGUUUCAGGGCUGCCUGAGCCUCGGGCUGACCACGCCCACUGCUGUGUGGAGAUGGGAGUAGACAUGAUCGAAGCCAUCUCGCUGGUGAGAGAGGUGACAGGUGUUAAUGUGAACAUGCGGGUGGGCAUUCACAGCGGGCGCGUUCACUGCGGGGUGCUGGGUCUGCGUAAGUGGCAGUUUGACGUGUGGUCUAACGACGUGACUCUCGCCAACCAAAUGGAGGCCGGGGGGAAGGCUGGGCGUAUCCACAUCACCAAAGCCACGCUGCAGUACCUCAACGGGGACUACGACGUUGAGCCGGGACAUGGAGGAGAGAGGAACGCUUACCUGAAGGAGCACAACAUCGACACCUUUUUGGUGCUGGGCUGCAGCCAGAAGCGGAAAGAAGAGAAAGCCCUGCUGGCCAAGAUGCAUCGAGCACGUGCGAACUCUGCAGAGCCGCUGAUGCAGGGCUGGGGGCCUGAUAGACCUUUCUCCAGGAGUAAGGAGUCCAAAUUCCUGGGUAUCGAAGGACCAUCCAGCAAAGAGACCUGCUGUGCUCAGGAGGCUCUGAACCCCGAGGACGAGGUGGACGAGUUUCUUGGGCGAGCCAUCGAUGCUCGCAGCAUCGACCAGCUGAGGAAGGAUCAUGUCAGGAAGUUUUGGCUCACCUUUCAGACAGACGACCUUGAGAAGAUGUACUCUAAAAAGGUGGAUGAUCGUUUGUGGGGAUACGUGGCCUCUACUCUUCUUGUCUUCUUCUGCAUCUGUUUCAUUCAGAUGAUCCUUUUCCCAAAAACAACACUCAUGGUUUGUCUCUUUAUCAUCAUUUUCAUCAUCCUCUCCAACAUCCUCUUCAUCUGCGCCAUAUAUUCCUGCAUUAAACACUUCCCAGCUGCCUUCCAGACACUUACCAAGAAGAUAAUCCAGUCUCGAGCAAACAGCACACUGGUGGGCGUCUUCACCAUCAUCCUCCUCUUCAUAUCUUCCUUUGCUAACAUGCUUACCUGCAGCAGAGAGCGACUGCAGGACUGUGUAGAAGAGGAGCUGAACACCACAGCGACCCUCUGCCUCCUCCACAACCGGACUCAAGCAGCAGAGGACGGUUUGACGUUGUGUUCCAGUCAGACGAUGCCUUGCCAUUUCCCAGAGUAUUUCAGCUACAGCGUGCUACUGACCCUGCUGGCCUGCUCGGUGUUCCUCCACAUCAGCAGCAUCGGGAAGCUGGCUCUGAUGCUGCUCAUCCAGCUUGUCUUCCUGAUGCUGGUGGAGUGGCCUCUAGUGAACCUGUUUGACAACGCCGACGUGUUGGUCAUUGCAAACACCCUGCAAUUAUCACCUGGUAAUGAGUCCUUGUUAAAACAUGGUUUCAAUGAAACUGCGGAACAGUGCGUGGAGAGUGUGACUAAAGUGUCUCUAAAGGUCACGAUCCCUGUGGUCCUGAUGGUUUUCGUUCUGGCUCUGUACCUGCAUGGCCAACAGGUGGAGUCCACCUCACGCCUCGACUUCCUCUGGAAGCUGCAGGCCACCGAGGAGAAGGAGGACAUGGAGAAGCUACAGGCGUACAACCGCCGCCUGCUGCACAACAUCUUACCCAAAGACGUGGCUGCCCACUUUCUUGCAUGGGAGCGUCGCAACGAUGAACUGUACUACCAGUCCUGCGAGUGCGUCGCCGUCAUGUUUGCCUCCAUCAGCAACUUUUCUGAGUUUUAUGUGGAGCUGGAGGCGAACAACGAGGGGGUCGAGUGUCUCAGGCUGCUGAAUGAGAUCAUCGCUGACUUCGACGAGAUCAUCAGCGAGGAGAGGUUCCGUCAGCUGGAGAAAAUCAAAACCAUCGGUUCCACCUACAUGGCCGCCUCCGGCCUCAACGACUCCACCUAUGACAGAAAGGGCUCGCACAUCCUGGCUAUGGCGGACUACGCCAUGAGGCUCAGAGAGCAGAUGAAACACAUCAACGAACAUUCCUUCAACAACUUCCAGAUGAAGAUAGGAUUGAACAUGGGGCCUGUUGUUGCCGGGGUGAUCGGAGCCAGGAAACCACAGUAUGACAUCUGGGGAAACACGGUCAAUGUGGCCAGCAGGAUGGACAGCACCGGAGUGCCAGACUGCAUCCAGGUGACCACAGACCUGUACCACGUGCUCGCCAAAAACGGGUACCAGCUGGACCGCCGGGGUGUCAUCAAGGUGAAGGGGAAGGGGGAGAUGACCACCUACUUCCUCACCAGCGGCCCCCCCGGUAGUUAGCGAGCGACCAGCCGAGCUGAAGGCGACCCCACCCCCACCGUGCUGCAGCGAGCCUGAGUGGUCGGCUCAUGGCUCAGACACACCGAGGACAGGAUGUGUCCAACAGAGACGAGUCCACAUCUUGUCUCUGUUUCAGAUGCACAUAUGGAGGCCAUUGUUGGUCGAUGUCUGAAGGCUUGAUCUCAAGUUGGCCGAGAGAUGAUGAAGCCCAGUUGCCUUAGGAAGGAAGUGGUAACGCUAAUGAGCAAUAGUACAAGUAUUUCAUCUGGAUCCAUUAUUUAUUUUUAUGAAAAACAAAACAGUUUCUUAGAAGGAAAAUGGAGGGACAUGAAGACGGAGAAGAAUAACCAAAGAACAAAGGAUAAAUGCGGAACCCUGAUGAUGAUUCGGAGAAUGAUGAACAAUAUUAUUCUUAUUUUUUAAGAGCAAAGGCCACGUUAAUAUCUCAUUUAUCGACAGCGUCACGCUCUGAUGCUGUUGGACUUUUUAAUGAAGGAGAACGCACACAUAUGCAGACUAAAAACACAAUAACCUUGGCUUGGACUUUUGUGUUUCUUAUCAUUUCUCCUUUUUUCCUUUGUUCCUUCCAGUCUGAGAUUACCCACAAGGCCGUUCACUCUAAAGCAGUGGUUUCCACAAGGACCCCCCCCCCCCCCCCC